UCUCUCUCUCUCUGUGGCCUUCCACUUGAAGAAUUAAAAACCUUUAUAAGAUGGAUGCAAUCAUUCUAGGUUUGAAUCAAUUUCUCAUAAAGCCAUAACUAAAGUAGGUCACAUCCUUGGCUAGCUGCUAGAAUCCUCCAUCGUCAGCCCAGAAGCAGAAGCAUAAGAGGAAGACAUAGACGAAGACGAAGAAUGAGUACAGCGAGAUUUAUCAAGUGUGUGACAGUAGGAGAUGGUGCAGUAGGGAAGACUUGCAUGCUCAUAUCCUACACCAGCAAUACCUUUCCCACGGAUUAUGUUCCAACAGUUUUUGACAACUUCAGUGCAAACGUAGUGGUUGAUGGAAGCACCGUGAAUCUUGGUUUAUGGGACACUGCAGGACAGGAAGAUUACAACAGGCUAAGGCCGUUAAGCUACAGAGGAGCUGAUGUGUUUCUGCUGUGCUUUUCUCUUAUUAGCAAAGCCAGUUAUGAGAACAUUUCUAAGAAGUGGAUUCCUGAGUUGAGACAUUAUUGUCCAAAUGUGCCUAUUGUGCUUGUGGGAACAAAACUAGACCUGAGAGAUGACAAGCAGUUUUUGAUGGAUCAUCCUGGAGCCAAACCAAUCACAACUUCUCAGGGUGAAGAACUGAAGAAAAUGAUUGGUGCAGUCACUUACAUAGAGUGCAGUUCAAAAACUCAGCAGAAUGUGAAGACCGUGUUUGAUGCUGCAAUAAAAGUAGCAUUGAGGCCACCAAAACCAAAGAAGAAAGCACGAAAGAAAAGGACAUGUUCUUUCCUCUAAGCAAUCAAGAACCUAUUUUCUUUCACUCUAAGUCAUCAUAAUGUAGCACAAUUAAUACUUUAUUCUUUAAUAUUCAUAUAUAAUGUUAAAUUUAAUAUGUAAUUGCCUACUGAAUCCGUUAAUAAUAUUCAUGAAGGAUAUUAGGUUCCUUACUAUGUAAAAUUAGAAUAUGUCAUAAUGUAAAAUUACUACUUAGCUUUGUAUUUUUUUGUAAUUUUUUAUCUUGUUAUUUCUCUAUUUUUAUUAGUAUUUCUCUAAUAAAAAUGGGACUUGUUAAUUUUGACUCA